AAAUAAUCUGUCAGUUGCGAGAAAAUUUCUGUUUCUAGAUGAUCUGAUGUCAGUUUUUUAGUGUUUGACCUAGUCAAGUGCGUGUAAGUUCUGUCUUCACCUAACCGGUACACACCUGCAUAAAAAAAUAAUCAAAAAACCGGAAAAAGUAUUUAAACAGGCAUCAGUUUUCAUUGAAAAACUUCAAAGUUAUGGUUUCAUUAAGAAGACGAAUCAAUUGUAAAGGUAUAAAAAAUUGGACUAAAACGUGAUUAAGACUAAAAUGCAAGCUAAAAAACGUUAUUUAUUAGUGUUGUUAUCGUGUGCGUUUUUAGCUUAUUGUUAUUUUGGUGGAUAUCGAUUGAAAAGUUCAAGUGAAAUAGUCGAUUUUAUUGAAAGUUUACCUAAUUAUUUAAUUUCAUCUCGGACAGGUAGUGUUUUAAAACGUCGUGAACGUCCCCGUAUUGAAUUGGAAAACACAAAUUUAUGUCGAAUGGAAACAUGCUUCGAUUUUUCACGUUGUAAAAAUGAUUUUAAAGUAUUUGUUUACCCAUCUGAGGAUAAUCUAGAACCAAGUCAAUCUUAUCAAAAAUUGUUAAAAGUCCUUAAAGAAUCACGUUAUUAUACAUCCGAUCCAAAAACAGCUUGUUUAUUCAUUUUAAGUUUAGAUACGUUAGAUCGUGAUCAUUUAAGUCAAGAUUAUGUCCGUAAUCUACAAAGCCGUAUCCAAAAACUUCCACAUUGGAAUAAAGGACUUAAUCAUUUAAUUUUUAACUUAUACGCCGGUACAUGGCCUAAUUAUACUGAAAAUGGUUUAGAUUUCGAUUAUGGAUUAGCUAUUUUAGCUAAAGCUAGUAUGUCGGAAAAUCAUGUAAGACCUGAUUUUGAUGUAAGCAUACCUUUAUUUCAAAAAAGUCAUCCUGAAAAAGGGGGAGAACCCGGAUUUGUUACUAGUAAUAAUUUCCCUUUAAACAAAAAUUAUUUAUUAGCGUUCAGAGGGAAAAGAUAUGUUCAUGGGAUUGGCUCCGAAACGCGAAACUCAUUGUAUCAUCUACACAACGCUAAAGAUGUGGUUUUGGUAACUACUUGUAAACAUGGAAAGAGUUGGAGAGAAAUGCAAGACGAUAGAUGCGAUGAGGAUAAUAAGGAAUAUGACAGAUUUGAUUACGAGGUUCUUCUACAAAAUUCUACGUUUUGCUUGGUUCCAAGAGGACGAAGGUUGGGUUCUUUCCGUUUUUUGGAAGUUCUUCAAGCCGGAUGCAUUCCUGUUCUCUUAUCCAACGGUUGGGCUUUACCGUUUGCCCAAGUGAUUGAUUGGAGUAAAGCGGCUAUUUGGGCGGAUGAAAGAUUACUUUUACAAGUUCCAAACAUGGUACGGUCAAUACCGCCGAAAAAAAUCAUGAAACUUCGUCAACAAACUCAAAUUCUUUGGGACAGGUAUUUUUCAUCGAUUGAAAAAAUUGUAUUUACUACCUUAGAGAUUAUCAGGGAAAGAUUACCAAAAACUAUUCCAAGAGACGGUGUAACGUGGAAUAACUUCCCAGGCGCUUUGGUAACCCUUCAAGAAUUUUCCGAUUCGCCAACUGAGUUUCCAUUUCACGAAACUAGUCGCUCUGAUCGUUUUACUGCCGUCAUUUACUGCCAAUUAGGGCUUAGUCUCACUUCUUCAUCAACAUUAUAUCGGUUGCUUCAAAAUGUUGGGCGAAGUAAACAUGUUUUUAGGAUAAUUGUUGUUUGGUCGAAUGAUAAAAGAUCGCCAUCAAAAAAUCGUUGGCCAACAUUACCGUCCCACGUUCAUUUCCACAUUUUACAAUCGUUCGCAGAUCCAUCGAAUCCAGGAAUCUCGCAACGUUUUUAUCCGUAUCCGUUAAUCGAAACCGGCGCUGUAUUAUCGUUAGAUGAAGAUACAACAUUAACCACCGACGAAGUUGACUUCGCUUUUGCCGUUUGGCAACAAUUUCCGGAUCGAAUUGUUGGUUAUCCAGCCAGAUCGCAUUAUUGGGAUGAUUCGAAAGGUUCCUGGGGUUACACGUCAAAAUGGACAAACGAUUAUUCAAUCGUUUUAACGGGCGCAGCAUUUUAUCAUCGAUAUUACAACGUUUUGUAUACGCAAUGGUUGAGCCCGUUGCUACAUAAAACCGUUGAGCAAAGUCAAAAUUGUGAAGAUAUUUUAAUGAAUUUUUUGGUAAGCCACGUGACGCGACGUCCACCAAUUAAGGUAACCCAACGAAAACAGUAUAAAGAGCAAGCGCAGGUAGGUGGUUGGUCGCCAUGGAACGAUCCGGAUCAUUUCAUACAAAGACAGACUUGUUUAAAUACUUUUGCGGCUGUUUUUGGUUAUAUGCCACUAUUGAGGAGUAAUUUAAGGUUAGAUCCGGUUUUGUUUAAAGAUCCCGUUUCUAAUAUGAGAAAGAAAUAUAGAAAAAUUGAGUUGGUAGGUAGCUAGUUGGGUUAUAUUUUUGGUACUUACUCGAUAUUAUGAACAAAAUGUAUCGUCCUAGUCUUAGAUUUUAGUAAAAAUGUGUUUUUAAGUUUCCAUGAAAAACAAUCUUUUUUAAGGUCAAGGAAACUUAAUACACAUAUUUACUUAGACAUUUCUAUCUGUAAAUAAUUUUUGAUAGGUAAUUUUUAAUAAAUAAAUUUUUAUCAUAAAAAAGGGAAUUAUUUUAUUUAUAU